AUGGUUAACGCAAUCCCCGAAAAAGUAAAGGCAUGCCUUGGAGAGCUGACUCCGGCCCAACAAGUUACCCUUCGUGGCUACAUUGGAACCCUUCGUGCCGAAGUCAAGGAAUUGGAAGAGAGCCUUCGCACCGUGAAUGACCCAGAUCCCCAUGCUCAUUACCAUGGGCAUGAAAAGUGCACUGCCGAUCACGGGCAUGACUCUCACGAUCAUGCUGAAAAAGAUCAUGGAGGACAUGAUCAUGGACAUGGACACGGCGGCCACAAGGAGGAAACAAAGGAAAGUCAUGGACAUGAUCACUCGCACGGUCACGCGCACAAGGAGGAACCAAGCUGUGGUCACGAUCACAAGGAGGGAGAAAGCUGCAGUGGUCACGAUCACGGUCAUGGCCACGCGGAAGAGAAGAAGGAAAAGAGUGGCCACGAUCAUUCUCACGGACAUGCACACAAGGAAGAAAAGAUGGAAAAAAGUGGUGGUCAUGAUCAUGGACACUCUCACCAUGCAGAAGGAAAAUCUCACGACCACAAGGAGGAAAAGACAAUCCCCGCUUGGAAGAAGCGUGCCAUGGAGGCUGCAGCCGCUGACCCCACUGCCGCACCCUUUGGCGGCAGCUGGAAUACCGAGACUUCGGUCAAUGCCUCUGCCAACAAGAUGGAAGAGUAA